UCUUACAUCACAAAGGGCUAUUUUCCUCUGUUUUUUAUUUUUUUCUGCACCAGGAAACAUUUUUGGCCAAAUUUGUUAUUUUUUGGAUCGAUAUGGCCGGCCAGACGGUAUCUGAUCCUCCCUCGCCUUAACCGUAACCCCAUACGAUGGACGACCAGGUUCCCCCGAGUCCGGGCGGGAAAUGCCAAAAUGGGACAUGCUUUCUGUUUUUCUCGGACUUUAAGAGCCAUAACAAGGUGGCCGUAGCGGUGGUGGAAACGUUGGUCCUCUUGUUGGUCUUUGGGUUCUCGCUGCUCACCAAUAUCUGUGCCAUCGUCUUGUUAGCUAGGAGAAAGAGGCUGGUCACCGCCAACUGCUUUGUGCUGAACCUCUUUUGCGCCGAUCUCCUUUUUAUCAGCAUGAUCCCCUUCAUCCUGGUGAUCCGCUGGACCGAGGUCUGGGUCCUUGGGGACUUCAUCUGCCACAUGCUCUUCUACAUCAUCUGCCUGAGCGGCUGCGUCACCCUUAUCUCUCUGUCGGCCGUCAGCUUGGAGAGGAUGGUCUGCAUCAUGAAGGUGACUCAAGCCACCACGUGUAAUGCCAAGGUGGUGGCAGGGGGGCUUUUGGGCAUUUGGGGAUUCUCAGCCAUUACUGCCCUACCCCUGUGUUUAUUCUUCCAAGUGGUGACUCUGAGGGUGAACGGAUCGGAGCAGGAUGUCCAGGUUUGCACAUUGGUUUGGCCCACCAUUGCGGAAGAAAUUGCCUGGGACAUCUCCUUCAUCAUGUUAGAUUUUUUGGUCCCUGGUUUGAGCAUCGUGAUCAGCUACACCAAGAUUUUUAAGGUAAAACCCAAUUCCAGUCAUUCCCGACUCCCUCUCUUUCUCCAAAACAUGCACCAUCGUAUCACAAAGGCCAUGAGAGAACGACUGAUCACAAGUACCGCAUAUUCCGAAAACCACCAGCUCCGGGUGUCUCAAAGGGAUUAUAAACUCUUUAGAACCUUGUUCCUUCUGAUGGUUUCAUUUUUCAUCAUGUGGACUCCGGUGUUUAUUAUCGUUCUGUUGCUUCUCGUGCAGAACCUGGAUGAAAAUUUCACGCUUCCUCCAACGCCCUUUUUUUGGGUGGUCGUUUUCACUUUUUGCAACUCCAUCGUAAACCCGGUUUUGUACAAUAUUAACCUGUUCAAGCAGAAGUGGUGGCAGAUUAUUUUCUGCUGCUCGGAGGAGGAAAGGCUGGAUACAGACACAGUAACGAAAAAGAACGACACUCCAAAUGUUUCUACCGUCGUGAAAUAGAUUUUUAGAUCUCGAUUUUACGGGAGGGAAGUCUAUUUGGAAUUCUAACUGUUGGAACAAGAGGCCAUAGUCUAACAUUGGGAGUGCCAGAGGCUUGUAUGUAAUGUAAGGAACUUAGAGGGUGAUAGAUAAGCGGAACAGCCUCCCAGCACAAGUGGUAGAGGCUAAAACAGCAAGGGGAUUUAAACAUGCAUGGGAUGGGCAUAUGGCUCCUGAAUCUGAAUACGAGACCAACGACUGAUGAUACGUAUAUUGGCCGAAUGGGUCAAACUUUACGUUUCUAUGAAUUUUCUAUAGUUCCUAUCCCAGCACAGUGAAUACAUUUUUGGACUAGAUCAGUACUGUAAAUAUAGUAUUCCGUGUCCAUUGAAACAACAUUUAUGGGGUUUUUUUUAAUAUUUUUCUGCUUUUUUAUUUGUUAUGCUGCUAUUUUAAGUUCAAUAUUUGAAAUAAAUGUUUACAGCAU